AUGGCAUCCGGCGAGCAGCAGCAAUUUCCACCUCAGAGGCAGGAAAAACAACCCGGAAAAGAACAUGUUAUGGAACCGACUCCUCAGUUCUCCAGCCAGGACUACAAGCCAUCUAACAAGCUUCAUGGGAAAAUAGCUCUGAUUACUGGCGGAGAUUCGGGAAUUGGGAGGGCAGUUGCACACGCUUUUGUUCUUGAAGGAGCAACAGUGGCUUUUACUUAUGUUAAGGGAGUUGAGGAUAAAGACGCUUCGGACACGAUCGGGAUGUUGAUGCAAGCCAAAGUUUCUGAUGCGAAAGAUCCGAUCUCGAUCCCUGCUGAUUUGGGGUACGAUGAGAAUUGCAAAAGGGUUGUUGAAGAAGUGGUCAAUAAGUUUGGUCGGAUCGACAUUUUGGUGAACAAUGCGGCAGAGCAGUAUGAAGCUGUCUCUGUUGAGGAGAUUGAUGAAGAAAGGCUUGAAAGGGUGUUCAGAACCAACAUCUUUUCUUACUUUCUCAUGGUCAGGCAUGCAUUGAAACAUAUGAAGGAAGGCAGUUCUAUAAUCAACACCACAUCAAUCAAUGCCUACAGAGGACAUCCCAAGUUGCUUGAAUACACAUCUACCAAAGGGGCUAUUGUUGCUUUUACCCGAGCACUUUCACUGCACUUGGUGGAGAAGGGAAUUCGAGUAAACGGCGUUGCUCCGGGGACGAUCUGGACUCCGCUGAUUCCGGCUUCCUUCACCGAGGAAGAGGUUAAGAGCUUCGGGACUGAGGUGCCAAUGAAGAGGGCUGGCCAGCCCAUUGAAGUUGCUCCUUGUUUUGUGUUCCUGGCCUGUAAUCACUGCUCUUCUUAUAUCAGUGGCCAGGUUCUCCAUCCUAAUGGUGGGGCUGUGGUCAAUGCUUGA